AUGUGUGUCCCGCCGCUUGACACCUGUGGCCCGGUUUGGAGGAGGCACUGUCCCCAACCCCUGAUCCUGAUCCUGCCGGAGGAGGCAGCGUCUGACUCAGGGCUGGACGUGGACCCCAGAGAUCUUGAAAUCCUCUCCCAGCCCACAGAGGCCAUUGUGGGAGCGGGACCCCACGUGGUUGCCUCACUCCUGGAGCAGGGCUCCACACUGGUGCUCCUUCUGGCCAAGCUGGCCAGGGUUGGGAAAGAGGGGUGCUCAACCCCCUUGGCAGGCCUGUUCCUGGGUGGGGCCAAGGCCACAGGCUGUACCACUCCAGCCCCGAGCAGCCUGCCUGCUCAGUUAGGGGCCUUGGGCAACAAGUUCCCACCCCAGCCCCCAGCCCCCUCCAGCAGUGCCGUUUGCAGUCGUCCUGGGCUGGGCCUCCGGCUACACAGACCAGCCGUGAGGGAGGGCUCCAGGCCGUCGCUGAACCGCAGCCUGGCCCCCAGCAUGCUGCUUGCCCUGGAGCGGGCUGUGGGGGUGGCUCACAGAUUGGGAUAUCCGUCCAGUUCCAAGCCAGAGCUCUUUCAGCUGGGCCCCUUACCCCCACCCCUCCUGCCUCCUUCCCAGGAGAGCCAGCUCAGCAUCCUGUCCCAGGGAGCUCCCCAGUGCCCCAACACUCCUGCCCAGGUGCCCACCUACAUCCCGGCUUGCCCACCACACUGCUCGGGACUCCCUGAACUUCCUGAACACCUCCACCGCAACCAGGCCCACGGCUCUGGGGGUAGGACCCCGUCAGUCCGGGGCCCCAGGAUUGUUGCGCAAGAGCUCUGCCCACAGGCUCCCUCGGUGGGAGGCCCCAGUCUGUGGGUGUGUGGCCGGGUGGCCCACUAUCAGCACCUGGAGGGCAGGGCCUGUACCCAGUUUGCCUUGCUGCCCACCCCCAGCCCCUGUGGCCAGUACAGGCCCGACCUGAGUGGGUGCGUCAGCGUUUGCUCACUUCUCAGCUGGCCUGAGAGAGGCACCGGGCUGACGAGCUCAGAGGAGGCUUUCGGGGACGGUGGGGCUGAGCUGGCCCCGGUGGCCUGGGAGGGCUCUCCUGGCAGGCGCACGGUGUGCGUCCGGCCCUGCUGGUGGAAGGAAGAUGAAGUCGUGGGGCUGUGGGGCUUACCCAAAGGCCGGCCAGGUCCCCCUGCCUGGCCCCUUCCACCUCCCAAAGUCUGCACCCUGCCAGCCAGGAUCAGCACCCCUGAGCCCAUGUCAGCUGCUGCUUCACCCUCUGAGAGGUUUGUGUGGAGCACCCUAAAACGUUCAUUCAUGCUGCAAACCUCCUUGCCAGCCACGACUCACGGUCCCGGCCCGGCCCCUCGGACCAGAAGGACUUACAGCGCUUACGGCAGCGGCUGUCCCGUGGCUGCCUCGGUGAUGUCGUGGGUUCAAGGGCUUCCCUGGGUCCGGGGCCCUGGAGUGGAGGGGGACGUGUUUGACCAGGAAGCAGACGAGUCUCUCCUAGUGCAGCGGGAAUGGUGGAGCCACAUGCAGAGACGAGUCCAAGUAAAACUACGUGGCGGGAGGGUUAUGGAGAUGGAGUAGAUGCUGGCAGAGCUGUCACUCUUCAACAAGGCUUCAGUCAAGGUUAUAAGGAAGGUGCAGACGUCAUUAUAAAUCAUGGACAACUCAGAGGAACAUUGAGUGCUUCGCUCUCCUGGUGUCAACUCAUGACAGUACCUCAGCUUCGAUCAGUGAAAUGAAUGAUCUUCUGGAUGCAGUCGGCCAAUGUGAAGAGUAUGUGCUCAAACAUCUGAAUCGAUCACUUCAGAACCCCAUGUUGUAGAUUUAUUGGACUCUGUUCAGGAUAUGAACCUAUGUCAUGCUGCAAACCUCAGCUGAGGGUCUCCCGUGUGUGACGUGGUGCCAGGUGCCAGGGUGCCGCUAUGAGCAGGCUGGCAGGGACGCUGCCCCUCUCCGCCCAUUUCCCCUGUCCUAGGUGAGGGCAGCGCCCCCUCCCCCUUCCUCAGGCCUGUGAUUUCAUGUCCUCCGCCACUUUCUCCCCCACUGCACCACGGUUUGUGUGCAUUUCCUGUGGCUGCUAUAGCAGUUGUGUCAAACUCAGUGGCUUAAAACAACACAAAUGUAUUUUCUUAAAA